GGGAGGGAAGGAGGAGGAGCGGGGGGGCAGCCCGGCCCCGCCGCUCCGCACCUGAGCGAGCAGCGGCGGCUCCCGCCUGCCCCGGCCCCUCCGCCGCCCGCCCAUGGCUCGGCCGCUGCCGCUGCUGCUCUGCCUGGCCGCGCUGGGCGCCGGCUGCCGGGCCGGGACCCCCACCCGGGCAGGGACCCCCCCCUCCGGCACGGCCGGGCCCUCCGCGGAGCCGCUGCAGGACGAGGCGGACAACCAGGAGAACAUCCUCUCGCAGCUGCUAGGUGACUACGACAAGGUGAAGGCGGUGUCCGAGGGCUCCGACUGCCGCUGCAAAUGCCUGGUCAGACCCCUGGGCCGUGGCGCCUGCCAGAGGAUUAACGAGGGCGCUUUCAGAGCCGAGGAUUUUUACACGGUGGAAACCAUCACGUCAGGACCCAGCUGCAAGUGUGCGUGCGUGGCUCCCCCCUCGGCCCUCAACCCCUGCGAGGGAGACUUCAGGCUGAAGAAGCUGCGGGAGGCAGAGAGCAGCGACCUGAAGCUCUCCUCCAUCGUCGAGAUGCUGGAAAGUGCCUUCUAUGGCUUAGACCUCCUGAAGCUGCACUCAGUCACCACCAAGCUGGUGGGUCGGGUGGAGAAGCUGGAGGAGGGCAUGUCCAGGAACUUGACGCAGGAAGGCCAGCGGGCUGGAGCCAGCGGGGAGGAGGCUCUGCAGGAUGCCCCUGGCAGGGAGAACUGCUCCAGGCUCCUCAGCAGCAGCCUGGCCGACAUGGAGAGCUCCCUGCAGCGGGAUGCUGAGGCUGCCUACGCUCACCCAGAGGGAAAAUACGAAGAAAGAUUCCUGAAGGAUGAGACCAUCUCCCAGCAGAUCAACUCGGUGGAAUCCCUCCCGGAGCUGCAGCUCUCCCUGGAGGACAAGAAGCCCGAGCAGCUCCUGCAGAGGAAGCUGCGGGUGAGGAGCCGGCCUCCUUCCAAGCCCACCAUUGUCCGAGGGGUCACCUACUACAAAGCCCAGUCCACCGAGUCCGAGAAUGACAUCGAGGAGCAACGUGAGUUGGCGGACGAGCUGUUCAGCGGGGACAACACGGUGGAUCUGCUGAUAGAGGACCAGCUCCUGAGGCCCAGCAGCAGGGCAGGCGAGGCCGUGAGAAAGCCCUCUCCCGUGGGCUGGCCACCCACCCCGGGCAGCGCUCCCACCACCCCUCCAGCCGCCAGCACCGCCGCCACGGCCACCCUGUCCCUGUCCCUGUCCCCCACCACGCCGGAGCCCACCGCCCCAGGGCCCAUCACCGUCCUGGCAGAUCUGCCCGAGGAGGGCACCCCACAGCUGCCAGCAGCCUUGGCCAGCACGCUGGUGGCCAUGGCCACAGAGACUCUGCCCGUGGCCACCCCCGCUGGAGGCUGGAGUGAGGUGGAGAGCAGCCCAGGAACUUGGCUCCAGGCGAACACCCCCCCAACGCCGGUCAGCCCGGCCACCCCUGCCACCCCAAAGGAGGGCCUGGAGGAGGAGGACAUCAGGAGCAUCAUUGGGCGCUGCAAGGACACGCUGUCCACCAUCUCGGGGCCCACCACCCAGAACACCUACGGGCGCAACGAGGGAGCCUGGAUGAAGGAUCCCCUGGCCCAGGAGGAGCGGAUCUACGUCACCAAUUACUACUACGGGAACACACUGGUGGAGUUCAGGAACCUUGACAAUUUCAAGCAAGGUCGCUGGAGCAACUCCUACAAGCUCCCAUACAGCUGGAUUGGCACGGGACACGUCGUCUACAACGGCUCCUUCUACUACAACCGCGCCUUCACGCGCAACAUCAUCAAGUACGACCUGAAGCAGCGCUACGUGGCCGCCUGGGCCAUGCUGCACGACGUGGCCUACGAGGAGUCCACCCCGUGGCGGUGGCGGGGCCACUCCGACGUGGACUUUGCGGUGGACGAGAACGGCCUGUGGGUCAUCUACCCGGCCAUCAGCUACGAGGGCUCCAGCCAGGAGGUGAUCGUGCUGAGCAAGCUGAACGCGGCCGACCUCAGCACGCAGAAGGAGACCACGUGGAGGACAGGGCUGCGAAAGAACUUCUACGGGAACUGCUUUGUCAUCUGUGGGGUCCUGUACGCGGUCGACAGCUACAACAAGAGGAACGCCAACAUCUCCUACGCCUUUGACACGCACACCAACACGCAGAUCAUCCCCAGGCUGCUCUUUGAGAACGAGUACGCCUACACCACACAGAUAGACUAUAACCCCAAGGACCGCCUGCUCUACGCCUGGGACAAUGGCCACCAAGUCACCUACCACGUCAUCUUUGCCUACUGAGACCCCCCACCGCAGUGGGGCACUGCAAGCCAGGGGCCACCAGCACCUUUUAUUAUUAUUUUUAUUGUUAUUAUUGUUAUUUUGUACAAAUUGAAGAGUAAAUGAUGGGUUUUGUUCCAAGCUGGUUUUUUAUGGUGGAUUGUAGAUCGAUCCCCAGGCCAGAACCACCCCCUUCGUCUUUGCUGUAUCCUUGCUUCUGAUUUUCCUUCCCAGGGGAAGGAGGUUCUCCUUUGGAAGGGCAGGCCCAGCUCUCCUGCCCGGGGAAGAGGAGGUGGCCCAGACAAGGUGCUCCCGAUGAUGUUUGUAUCUGAUCAGCGAGGCACCCCGAAGCAGGGCACAGCUGCACUCAGCAGGUCCCAGCGGGACGCUGCUGCUGCCCGUCCUGCUGGAGCACCCGCACGUCCCGUGGGCAUGUCCCGUCUCUCAGGACCACCUUCCCAGCCCCUUGGAGAUCCUGCUGUACAUCGGGGCUGCGAGCACAGCUCCAGCAGCCCCUGGUGCUGGUACUUACGCCGAGGACUGUCCCCUCCGAUGGGGCUCUGCUCUCUGCAGGCCGCUCUGGGGGGCCGGGUGCACCCCGAGCCCUGACUCCUGACACCCCGAGCCUGGAGGGAGCCGGCGGCGGGAGGGGGAUGCUGUAAAUACGUGUGGAUGGCUUUUGUUUGUUCAUUCUGUAACCCAGAGUAGCCCCCCUUGGCAUGUGCUGGGUGCAGGCUCUGCUCAGCUGGGCUGCCUGGGCAGGGGCUGGCAGAGCCCUGGCUGUGCCUCUCCAUCUCCUCCCUUCCCUGCUCCUGCACCAUCAGGAUCCCCUCUCAGAGGCACAGACAGCCCUUGCCCUCCUGCCCACCAGCAUCUUGUAUUUACCUGCUGUCAGUAAUAAAGGAUCCAGUACCUUCGCA